CAAAUGUAGUAAAUUUAUUUGCAUAAAUAUCGCAUGGAAUAAAGAAAUUCAAAUAAACCGCCCUGUCUCAGCGUGAAUUUGCUUCGGCAAAGUUCGUAUUUCGUUCGGAAACUCUCGCGGUUUUGGGGAAUUCCAAAUGAGGAGUGACGUCACUAGUGCUGUCAUUGUUAGACUGAUCCCACUGCCUGCAUACACAAACGCCAUGCUGUAGAUGCCUGCGCAAGACAGGAGACCAGUUUUGUUUUCAUUCAUCUGACAGCUGAUUCUACUUUCUGGUUGCGUUCACGCCGUUCCUACCAUGUAAAACCAAUUAUUUUACAUGUUCUAAAGCAAAAAUGGUUUACUGCGUCGCACCAAACUGCAGCAGUGAUUCAACGAAGGUGUUGAAAGUAGAUGGGGUCGGUUAUUACAAUUUUCCUCGCGACAAGAAGGCCCGAAAAGUAUGGGUAAGACGCAUGCAUCGUCCGUCUUCUUGGGUCCCGUCUCUCGGUGCGAGGGUAUGUUCGAAGCACUUCGUUGCCGGAGAUUACCUGCUGGACCCAGCCAUAUGCCGUGCGAUAGGAUUUGACCCUAAAAAACGCCUGCUGAAGCCAGGUGCCUUCCCUACACUCUUCAGUCAUGGUGAAGGCGAUGCCAUGGAUGGUACGCCUACGACCAGUGCGCCGCGGUCAGCUGUGCAGAAGAGGGCACAUCAGCAGGCUGUAGCAGAGGCGGUAGCGGGAUACAACGUGUUGUAUGGAGAGGAGGCGGAGGAGGCAGCUGAGCAGGAUGAUGGUUUUUUGAUGGCUGAUGAAGGCCGAUUUGAGGAGGUUGGCAAUCACCUGAUAGAGGAUGCAGUACUGCCACAGAGUUUAGACGAUUUGGAGGUUUUGCCACAAGAACACCCUGAAACCUUUGCCAUUGGGACACAAGUUGGCUCCUCAGUCUCCAUGCGGUUUGCCAAGGCUGUCCAGGUCAAUAUUGUCACUGGGUCUCGGAACAAAGGUUCACAGACAACCUCCUGCACCGGGGAUAUUGGCUGUCAGGCAGAACCAGAAGUCCGAGAAAUUGCCAUUCAGACAGAUCUGUUUGACAUUGAUGUGCCAGUUUUCCAAGGCUUGAAACCAAGUGAUGAAGACAUGGAGGAUGAAGAGGUGCACUUUCCAAGUCAGGAAACGAUGAAGACUGAUGACAGUGACGAUGAAGACUGGGAGCCAUGUGAAGAUGAUUAUUGUCAAGAAUUUGAUGACUCGCUCCUUGAUGAUGAAAAUGUAUCCGGCAAACAUUAUGAUUUCGACAAUGAGUAUGACCAGCCCUCCCCUCAAUAUGAGAGAAAAUUCAUUGUCUUUGAAUCAAGCUUGAGGCUUCUGUUCAUGUUUUGUCAAGUUUGCAGGGCACCAUGUCGAGUCGCACUCCGUACACUUGGCACAGCUGUGAUGGUGAUGGCGAUUUGUGAAAAUCAACAUCAACAGGAAUGGACAUCACAACCAUUUAAAGGACAGCUUCCCAUUGGAAAUUUGCUUUUGGCUGCAGGAAUUCUAUAUUCUGGUUCAAGUCCAGUAAGAGGACUCAAUAUCCUGAAAAACAUUGGUGUGGCAGUGAUAAGCCGAAGGACAUUCUACACUAUACAAGGCCUCUACCUCAUACCAUCAGUGUUCGCAGUCUGGCAAAGGAAGCAAGACAGUAUGUUUAAGGAGCGAAAGAGGAAACAACUGUCCUUGUCUGGAGAUGCGAGGUGUUGCUCGCCAGGCCACACUGCCAAAUAUGGGAGCUACAGUUUGAUGGAUGAGUCAGCCGGUAAGGUGCUGGAUGUAAGCCUUGUACAGUCAAAUGAAGUGAAAAAUUCUUACUGGAUGGAACUCGAGGGUUUGAAACGUAGCAUGGCACUACUUGUUACCGAGAAGAAAUUGGCAAUUGCAGAGAUGGUCACAGAUCGGCAUUCACAAAUCAAAAAGUAUCUGAGAGACAAAUGGCCUGGAGUACAACACUGGUUUGAUUGCUGGCAUAUCGCGAAAGGUAGCAAGGCCCACAAGGAACUUACGCUGAUUCUCACUCAAAAGAUAUUGCUCAAGGACAUCAGAAAGGUUUCACCAGGAGUACAGACUUCAUCUCUUGAGUCGUAUCACAAAAUUGUUGGUUAUUUCGCUCCCAAAUCCCGCCAUUUCUUCUAUGAGCCAAUGAAAGCAAGGUUACUGCUCGCCACACUCCACUUUAAUGAAAAUUCAAAUCGGAAACAGCGUAUGGGAAAAGAUGAACAGCCGCAGUGGUCGAUUUCAUACCCCAAGGGGAGAGGAGGAGCUGCAGUAGCAAAAGAGGUCAAAAUUGAAUCAACAUAUGACUAUGUACAGCUAAUUCUGGAGGACCUGCUGAAGCGGAGAGAUGACCUGCCAUCUUACAAAUUGGCAAGAGAUGCAAAGGACAAGUACCAAGUGACUCAUCCUAUUCCAGGUCCAGUGUGCUCAAAGUACGACAAGCAGGACAAGAUGAAAGUUGUAGAAGAAACAAAAACGAGGUUUAACAAACUGUAG